AUGGAGAGAGUCCUGUUGUGGGGCAGAGAGGAGAGGAGAGAAGGGAAAGAGAGGAGAGGAAGGAUGGGGAGAAGAGAGGACAGGAAAAUAAUGGGGAGAGUAGAGGAGAGGGGAGUCCUGUUGUCGGGCAGAGAGGAGAGGAGAGGAGGGAUGGGGAGAGUAGAGGAAAGGAGAGGGAAGGCAGGGAGGCAGACAGAGCGGUUGGUUCGUUCUCUUCCCUCCUCUCUUCUCUCCUCGCCUCCGUCCAGUCGGGCGGUUCUCUGAAAAGAAGGACAUGGAGACAGAGGGAUAAUGGUUUUAACAGUACCUUCCCUUUCACUCUUUCUAACUCUCCCCCCUCUCUCUCUUUCUCUUUGUCUCUCUUUCUCUCCUGUUUUCCCAGUGAUGGCAUCAUCCACUGCGCAGCUGUGCUCGGGCUCCUGUCACUGCGUCUAGCAACCAGGUCUGAGUGGCGCCCCCUCUACCAGUCCCCUACAACCCCCUCCCAAAAACAACACCAGCAAAACAAAUGCGACCAUGUACAGUGUGGAUGACCUGCUCAUCUCGCAUGGAUACAAACUGCCCCAAAACACUUCUACCGCCCCUCCUGCUGCCUCCCCCACGCCCCCGUCCUCUUACGAUAACAAGCGUUACGGUGACCCGUCCUCCUGCCGCCAGGAAAUCUUAGAGAGCCGGUCCAGUGGUGGUCAUGGAACAGUGAAUGGGUAUGAGCUACAGUCUGGGCCAGGGGUCUAUGUGUACAGCAACAGCACCAGCAGGCAGCCCCAGCCACCAGCCCCAACCAAAGGCGGGAGGGACAGGAACAGCCAACCACAGAAGAGGGAAGCCGAAAGCGGUAACCAAGGUGACGCGCAUUCCUUGGGCGAUUCUCUCACGACAGAUAGCGGGUGAGUCUGUGUAUGUGUGUGCAGGGGGGGGAUGUCCUCUGCUGUAUCUUUUGGAAUGCUGGUGUUGUUUUCCGUCGUUUUUUUACAUUGCACGCCAUCUUGACCUAUCUUGCUUGCAUGUUGUUGCCUUUGUUAAUGUUGUUGUUGGUUUUUUUCUGCUGCACAGAGCUUGUUUGGCACAAAUAGAUUCAUGCAAAGGUGGACUCCGUCAGUCAAGGAGUUCUGCAUUGGGAGGUUGCAACACAUAUUCGCUCCCUCUCUCUCUUACCCCACUCUCCCUCCCUCCCUCUUCCUCACCCUCUAAUAGACAGGGAGUUGGGGUAAUGCUCCUCUUCUCCCCCCAACUCCCUCCCUCUAUAAAGCCAGUAGAUAGGGAGUUGGGGUAAUGCUCUUCUCCUCCCCCAACUCCCUCCUUCCCUCCUCUUCUCUAUAAAGCCAGUGACAGGGAGUUGGGGUAAUGCUCCUCCCCUCCCUCCCUCCCUCCCUCCCUCCCUCCGCUUCUCUAUAAAGCCAAUAGACAGGGAGUUGGGUUAAUGCUCCUCCCCUCCCUCCCUCCCUCCCUCCCUCCCUCCUCUUCUCUAUAAAGCCAGUAGACAGGGAGUUGGGAUGAUGUGUUCUGGAGUCUUAAUCUGCCACAUGGGACAGUUGUGUUGUAAACAGACUAGAGCUGCUGCUACUGCUGAUAGACCCCAGCACCACCGUCUCAGCAUGCCCAGUUCUGAAGACAGAUCAGCAUCCCAAAUGGCACCCUAAAUCCCUAUAUAGUGCACUACUUUUGACCAGGACGUAAAGGGGGUCCAUAGAGCUCUGUUCAAAAGUAGUGCACUGUAUAGGGAAUAGGGUGCCAUUUUGGACGCAUCUAGACAGAUAGGGACGUCUGCCCGUCGUAUCGAUAGCCUCACUCUUAGUCACCACACAUAGAAACUCACUUAUAUAACACAUUCAACAUUAAUAAUGCACACAGCAUUUAAAUAUGUAGCCUAUAUGAACAAGAGAUGCUGGCUGCUAUAUUUAAUUUAGUUCACGAGUUAUGCAAUGGAAACCUUUCCCGGGGAAUGUCCCUGAGUGUUAAAAUGUAGGAUUUUUACAGAGACACUUUUUCUUUCGUCACUGCCUUUCUUCUUGUCAGCUCGAGUAGCCUAGUUGCAGUACCAGUCCUGGAGGAUUGUGUAUUGAAUAGCUCUGUAGAUACAGGACGGUCAAUAGCAUACAUCAGUCAUGGAGAUCCUAUAGCUUAAUUCAUUCUAUAUGUAAUUCUAUGAUAUCAGUGCCCAAUGCCACUCAAGUAUAUACAGUCGUGGUCAAAAGCUUUGAGAAUGACAUAAGUAUUGGUCUUCACAAAGUUUGUUGCUUCAGUAUUUUUAGAUAUUUUGGGCAGAUGUUACUAUGCUAUAUUGAAGUAUAAUUACAAGCAUUCCAUAAGUGUCAAAGGCUUUUAUUGAGAAUUACAUUAAGUUUAUGCAAAGAGUCAAUAUUUGCAUAUUCUUUUUCAAGACCUCUGCAAUCCGCCCUGGCAUGCUGUCAAAUAACUUCUGGGCCACAUCCUGACUGAUGGCAGCCCAUUCUUGCAUAAUCUAUGCUUGGAGUUUGUCAGAAUUUGUGGGUUUUUGUUUGUCCACCCACCUCUUGAGGAUGGACCACAUGUUCUCAAUGGGAUUAAGGUCUGGGGAGUUUCCUGGCCAUGGACCCAAAAUGUCGAUGUUUUGUUCCCCGAGCCACUUAGUUAUCACUUUUGCCUUAUGGCAAGGUGCUCCAUCAUGCUGGAAAAGGCAUUGUUCGUCACCAAACUGUUCUUGGAUGGUUGGGAGAAGUUGCUCUCUGAGGAUGUGUUGGUACCAUUCUUUAUUCAUGGCUGUGUUCUUAGGCAAGAUUGUGAGUGAGCCCACUCCCUUGGCUGAGAAGCAACCCCACAUAUGAAUGGUCUCAGGAUGCUUUACUGUUGGCAUGACACAGGACUGAUGGUAGCGCUCACCUUGUCUUCUCCGGACAAGCUUUUUUCCGGAUGCCCCAAACAAUCGGAAAGGGGAUUCAUCAGAGAAAAUGACUUUACCCCAGUCCUCAGCAGUCCAAUCCCUGUACCUUUUGCAGAAUAUCAGUCUGUCCCUGAUGUUUUUCCUGGAGAGAAGUGGCUUCUUUGACCAUCCUCCAAAAGUCUUCACCUCACUGUGCGUGCAGAUGCACUCACACCUGCCUGCUGCCAUUCCUGAGCAAGCUCUGCACUGGUGGUGCCCCGAUCCCGCAGCUGAAUCAACUUUAGGAGACGGUCCUGGCGCUUGCUGGACUUUCUUGGGCGCCCUGAAGCCUUCUUCACAACAAUUGAACCUCUCUCCUUGAAGUUCUUGAUGAUCCGAUAAAUGGUUGAUUUAGGUGCAAUCUUACUAGCAGCAAUAUCCUUGCCUGUGAAGCCCUUCUUGUGCAAAGCAAUGAUGACGGCACGUGUUUCCUUGCAGGUAACCAUGGUUAACAGAGGAAGAACAAUGAUUUCAAGCACCACCCUCCUUUUCAAGCUUCCAGUCUGUUAUUCUAACUCAAUCAGCAUGACAGAGUGAUCUCCAGCCUUGUCCUCAUCAACACUCUCACCUGUGUUAUCGAGAGAAUCACUGACAUGAUGUCAGCUGGUCCUUUUGUGGCAGGGCUGAAAUGCAGUGGAAAUGUUUUUGGGGGAUCAAGUUCAUUUUCAUGGCAAAUAAAAACUGAGGCAGCAGACUUUGUAAAAAUUAAUAUUUGUGUCAUUCUCAAAACAUUUGACCACGACUGAACUAUUUGCUUAUAGAACAGUCAUUUGACCUUAUAAUAAUAAUAAUAAUAUGCCAUUUAGCAGACGCUUUUAUCCAAAGCGACUUACAGUCAUGCGUGCAUACAUUUUUUGACCUUGAAUACAAUCCAUGGAUACAUUGAUGAUAUUAGGCAACAUAAUACAACCUGCAUAUUCCCUACCCUUGCCUCAAGUCCAAACAGUGCAUUUGAUUUGAAAAUGGAAGAUAAUCAAAUGAACCACUUAUAAAAAAUUGCUGUUGCUGGUGUGUUUUUAGCUUAGUUUUAGAACAUACAUAUGGAAUAUUCCUAAUCUUUCCACUAGGAGGUGCAGAUAAUAUCCACUGGUCAAAUCAAAUGAAAUCAAAUUUUAUUGGUCACAUGCGCCGAAUACAACAGGUGCAGACAUUACAGUGAAAUGCUUACUUACAGCCCUUAACCAACAGUGCAUUUAUUUUAAACAAAAAAAGUAAAAAUAAAACAACAACAACAAAAAAAGUGUUGAGAAAAAAAAGAGCAGAAGUAAAAUAAAGUGACAGUAGGGAGGCUAUAUAUACAGGGGUGAUUGGCUAACUAGGCUAUAAUAUAUUAUGGAAUGCAGUGGAGCUUACCUAAUGGUCACGCCUGCCUGUACUGACAUUACAUGAAAAAGGCAGAUCAGAUCAUGGAUGGAAAAUCAGCCUCCAUCAGCCCAUAGGGUGCACACAUGUGCAUGUUUGUUAACAUGUUCAGUAGGAAUAUCCAGAAAUAGAGAUUGUGAGCUUGCAGAGAGAGAUGGUGAUAAACACAGUGUAUUGUUCUGCAAAUCAGAAAUGCUGUUAUGAAGUCUUCAGAUACAGUACAGUAUCAGUAGCAGACUGACUUUAGUAGUCUAGUGGUGGCCUGUCUGUGGUGGUCUAUCUCCCCCUAGUGGUAGAGGGGCUCAACGCAGACACAUCAUCACUUUCAUCUACUGGAUAACUAUUCCUGAUGUGUCCUGUGUGUGUUCUGUGGGUUCUAUGGUCUAUGAGCGAACCAUUGGUUCUAAGUUCUAAUACUGUGUAUGUUCUGUGUUCUAGGUUCUAAUGUGUGUUCUGUGUCUUCUAGGUUCUGAUACUGUGUUCUGUGUUCUAGGUUCGAUGAGGGGCCCAGAGGGGUGUAUUAUCAUCCUAGGGGCCCCAGAGACGUGUCCUACUGGAGGAGGAGGGGCCAGGACUUCAGCGUUCUCCUGGACUACGCUGACUUCAGAGAGCCCGGAGGAGGUGGUAACAAUAGCAGGACAGAGGGGGUGCAGCAGCAGCAGAGACAGGAGGUGAUUUGAUUCUUUGAUUUGUUUAUUUAACAAUUAAAGAUGAAAUAGUCCUAUAUAGUGCACUACUUUUGACCAGAGCCCAUGGGUGCACUAAAAAGUAGUACACUAUAUUGGGAAUAGGUUGCCAUUUGGGAACGAGCCAAAGACCAUUGUGGUUCUGUCCUCUGUCUAGGUGCCCCCAGAGGACUGCCAGCAGCGUGAGAGGCAGUGUUGGGCAGCUCAGUCCCAAGCUCAGGCCCGCUCCAGGCAGAGAGAGGCAGCACUGCAGCAGUGGAGGAUGACCACCGUGGAGAGGAAGUGUCAGAGCCUGGGCACGGAUGAGUGGCGGCCCACCGUGGUGAGCUUCGCGUGCCAGCUUUCAGACAGCGAGGGCAAGACGUGGUCUCAGGCUCAGGAGCAGUAUCUGCAGCAGCGCCACCUCCGCAUACCGGAUGGCGCUGUGGUUGUAAUGGGGCCCAGGAGCGAAGGGAAGGCCCAGUCUCUGCCCCGGAUGCUGCAACCGGACAGCCUGCAGUAUGUGGACAUGUCUGGGUCUAUUGGGUCUGGGCCUGGGCAGGACGUGUAUAGGAGGGUCAACGGCCACCCAGGGUCUCAUCACGACCCUUACAGCAGAUAUAACCACGACCAGGCCGGGGCAGGAAACAGGGACAGGUGGCCUGAGAACGACAGCAGACCCUCCAGUCAGGCUAGUAUGGCUAGCCAGGUCAGCAAAGUGAGUCAGGCUUCUCAAGUACCAAAGGUCCGGUUCAGCCGUCCCCUGCGACCUCCGUCCUACGAGGUGCACCAGCAGACCCGGGGGAGCUCUGAAACGCUGUCAGGAGACCCAGCAGCAGCAUCAACCCCCCAGCCCCAGGCCAGGGACAGAACCCCCCUUCCUCACCCAAGGAUAGGUGACCCCAGUCUGGACUAUUGUACACAUGAUGGAGGGUCUGGCACGGAGCCUCCGGGGUAUAUCCCUCCCCCAUCGUAUCCCCCCAAGAGAGCUCCUCGACCUAUGAGAGGGGGCCAUGGAGGUCACAGGGGCUAUGGAGAGGUUCCUGUCAACUACAGGUAAGAAAUUAUGUAGCUAACCUACUCAUGAUUUUAUAUUGCUUGUUUACUUUGCUUUUGAAGCACUUUGACAUUGUUUUCUGUAAUGAAUAGCGCUAUAGAGAAGAAUCUGCUAAAUGACCAAAUAAAUGUAAAUGCAGUGUACAAUUUAGAAGUUAAAUAAAUUAUAAUGUGUAAUUAUCAGGUACCACCAGUUGUACCAGCAGCAGCAGAAGCAGCAGAUGCGUGGGACCCCAGACCCCUGGUUCGGUAGCAGACACACCAGUGGCGGAGGUUCCUGGCCGGAGCCUCACAGAGAGAGGAGUGUGCCCCACAGAAAGCAGCACUACCCUGGCUACAGCAAGCAGCAGCACCAGCCGGGCCUGGGUCCUGGCGUCCAGUACAUCCCCUUUGACGACCCACGCGUCCGACAUGUCUCCAGGGGAGGAAACUCGUCUCUAGGCGGCGGAGGUAACUCCAUGACGGACGCCGACAAGAUCCGCCACAUCCGUAACUUCACAUCCUCCGAGCUUCCCAGUGUCACCGUGUCAGACCACUCGUCUGAUGACAGUGCCUUUUUGUCCUCCACCUCCAAGGGGGCGCCGCCGCCACUUGCAAGCACGCCAGACCUGGCUAGUCUCAUGCCGCUGAGGUCUGCUAGCGACUAUGACAAUGAGAAUAACAGGUGGCAGCAACAACAGCAGCACUGUGAUUUGCACAAAGAGACUGGCUCACUAGAUAACUUCCCAGCUGCAACUUCCCAAAACUGUAACAGGUAUAAUCAUAAACCAAACCAAGGUGGUCCCUCUGCCUUCCAGCCACCGGCUCCGGCUCCGUCGGUGCGUCACAGCUCCAGCUCAGACCAGGGCUUCUCGGAAACAACCAUCACACAGGUGAAGAAGAUAGUUCCAGGAGACUCAGGGGUAGACAACAACAACAGAAACUCUAAGAGGAAGUCUCACAGUGAGACCAUAUUCUGCCUGGUGUCUAUCCCCAUCCACAUGCAACAAACCAAUAAAGACUCAGCAGCAGACCAGAACAAUAACGAGAAGAUGCCUGCCAGUCUGCCAAGUAUUCUGCCUAUCGUGAGCGUCGUCGCCACAGAAGACAACCACAACACUGUGGUCCAAUCCAAAUCAGAGAAUAGCCAAAGCCUCUGUAGCAAGUCGUUAUCAGACAUGGGUCUCAAACCCCCCUCCCACACCGGCAGCUUCACCUCAAUGAGAAGUACCAGGAAGGGUCCUCUGAGGAAGGAGAUAGUAGACACCUGGUCACUCCAGGCCAGUGCUGACAAGGAGCUGUGCUACGCCGGCUCCUGGCCCGGGGAUCAAUACAGGAACCAAGAGACCCAGACCAGCUCACCCGUGGUGGUGAAGGAUCCUGGGGGUACAGGGGGGACAGGUCAGCCUCAGAGUCCCCCUGGAGGACAGGGUCAGGGAGGACAGCCGGGGCAGGAGACAGGCCACCCGGCCUCCGACACCACCAUGGACAGCGGUGUGGGCACAGACUGCAGCUCCGGCUCCUACGGUGUGGACUAUCCAAUGAAGGGCCAGAAGAACCUCCACCCGUCCUGCAACAGCGCCUUCUCCCGUCUCAGUAUCAGCCCGGUCCAGUCCCUGUCACUCCCACCCCAGCCUCCACCCUCUGGGCCUGGGGACGGGAGAGACCAACAGACCUCCACAUCCAGGAAGACUGGUACUACCACCACCACCUCCAACACCACCAAACCCCCAGUCAAUGCCAGCGCUAACAGCCAGGGCCAGGUGGCGUUCGGCCAGUUCCUGCUUAAGCCGGUGAGCCGCCGGCCGUGGGACGCCAUCGAGGAGCUGGAGAGUUUCAACAAGGCCGCAGGCGUAGAUCUAGACCAGGUCCAGAAGAAACAGAAGGUCCAGCCCAGGAGACCCAGUGUGGACCAGUGUAUAGACGACCUGGACGAGGUCUACAGGAACAUCAUGGAGCUGAGCGGAGAAGACACACAACAACAACAACAUCAGCACAUAGCCUCUCCGCAUCUGGACCCUGAGAGGGAGACGGUUAGCCUUCCAGACCAGCGCCUGAAUAACAAACCCAACAUCAACAUCCCUACCAUCAGGCCAAGGCUAGACAGCUGGGGCCCUGGCUCUACCAUAGACCCAGACUACAGGGAGGUGAGGAGUGCCUUCUCCAGGCCCCAGCCCCAGAGCAGGACUAGCAUCCUCAGACUGAAGAGAGAGGAUAUGGUUCCCACUGCCACCCUAACAGAGCCCACUGGCUUCAGAGACUACAACUCCCGCAAUGCACAUGGUGACCCCAGGGUAACCUAUGACUCCAGACUGACCUACAGGCAGGACCAAGAGCAGGACAUCCCCGUCGCCAAGGAGUCUCUACUGAGGGACGUGGGGCUCACCGUCUACACAGAGGCCCCUGGAGGCCCCGUAGAGCAGGGCCAGCACUGUGGCCCCCCAUUCACACUGAUCACACCAUUAGACCACAAGGAACUAUGUCAGAAUGUACAGCUAUCAAGGGAGAGCAGAGACAGAGCAUUUUUAACCAAGAAUAACCAGGUUGAGGUUGUGGACAUCAGUGAUGGCAAUAAUAAGGAAGAGCUUGGCUCCACUAAAGUAGUGGAGGGGGGGAGGAAGGUAAAGACGGAUAACGUGCCCAUCGUGCCACCCAGAUUUAGGGGGCAUGAGCCCAAUCUGAACAUCCGCAGGACCCGGAGUGAGAACAGCAGGUCGCCCAGAGGUGAAGGGUCGCAGGGGAUGCCACACACUGGCAGAUUGACCAGGGAGGUAGCGUUUGCGUUCAAGGAUGAUGACUACAGAUACAGUGACAGCUCCGAUCCUCUGAGUUGGCGUAACGAGGCUACGUUGGCAGAUAUACACCUGGAGACCCUGCUGAUCAAAGAGAAGGCAAACACCAUGCCCACAGAGGACCUGAGUAAUCUAUAUGAGGUGAAGUGUGCCAAGGGGAUCCCUGAGAACGAGACAAUGGAACAGAGAGCAGCCAGGAUAUUGGGGAUAGACGUAGCCCCGGAUUCACUGCAAGGGAUGGUCCAGCAGAGAGAGGAGGAGAAGAGAGAGGAGGAGCAGAGAGAGGAGGAGGGGUCACUGCAGGGGGUCGUAGAGGAGAGAGAGGAGGAGCAGAGAGAGGAGGAGUCACUGCAGGGGUUCGUCAAGGAGAGAGAGGACAACAGGCAGGAGUACAGAGAGGAUGAGGGAGAAACUGUCAAAGGUGAAACACAGGAGCACAGAGACAACACAGAGAUUGAGAGCGAGACCCAGGAACUCAGUCCAGAAGGAGCACAUGCUGUGGAAUCACUGGGCGUGGUUGAACAGAAAGAGGAGGAGCACAGAGACAACCCAGAGAAUGAGGACAAAACUCUAAUAGGAGAAACACUGGAGCACAGUCCAGACGAAGACAGAGAUACACAGCAUGUGAGAAGACAGUACGAGCAAGUGAUGAAGGUACAGGUAUCCAUGGUUACCUUGGGAGAGGAGACGACAGAAGAAGAGAAGACAGGAGGAGGACCCAGUAAGGAUGACAGCCUAUCAGUAUGUGAGGACAAACAUGAUGGAGGAGACAGAGAGAGCCAAAGCCACUCCUCCAUGGUGCUGGACCUGCCAGAGUUUCCCCCCAGCAGCCUCCCCUUGUCACUUCCUGUGACCCCAGACGAGGAGCUGGCCCUUAGCUUGCUGAGUGUGGGUGGAGGAGGGGAGAGGAAGGGGCACAUUGGUGGUGCCUCCCCCAGGCUCUCAUCCUCUACGUCGCCAGGCUGCACAGAGAGCAUGGCCCACAUGGAUGAGGUGUUCUCAGUCUCCUGCGUCCUUAUCAGGAGUUUAGACUCAGGAGAGGCAGAGGCAGAGCAGGAGAAAGAUGAAGGGAUGAGCCAGGCAGAGAAGAAGAGAGAGAGAGAAGAGAUGGAAGAGGACGAGUUGAGGAUAGAGUCAGAGCCAGAGGGGAAAGAGAUAGACAGGGCAGACAAGAGAGAAGAUGAUAGGAGAGUGUCCGGAGAGGAGAAAGAGCUAGAGGAAGAGUUGAAAAUAGAGGAGAAAGAGCAAGAGUUGACAAUCAAGGUGGAGAAAGAGCUAAAGGUGAGAAUGGAGGAGGAGAAAAGGGAGAGUCAGGAGGAAGAGGAAAGAGAAGCGCAGGAGGAAGAGAAAGAGCCAGAGGUGAAAAGAGAGGAGGAGAGGAGUAAAAAGUCAGAUGAAGAACAGCAACAGGAGGUUCGGCCAGAGCUGGUGUCCAGGCCAGUGAAACCUCCUCUCCUUCCCAAGCCUGUCCCCAUGCCUCGCAGCAGCACGGUGGCCAAAAGAGAGAUCACCCUUCCCCUGAGCUUCAGUGUCUCUUCCUGUGGCUCCUCUACAACCUUAGAGGAUGACGAGCUGCUCUUAGGUAGGAACAUGGACACACACACCUUUAACAAUAAUACAUGUAACUGUUACAUAUUUAUAUAG